CGAGCUCGAGGCCCUGAUGAGAGCCAGAGCGCGAGGAGGAAGCACUGGCAUGAACAGAAUUCGCAUUCAUGGCUUGCCUUCAAAUCGGGGGCAGCUCACUCCUGUGCCAAGGCCACAAGAAACCUUGUCCUGUGCCUUUGCUCACCGUCCAUGCUCUCAGCCUCGUUUGGAAGGACUCGAGUUCUGCAUUAAACACAUCCUUGAAGACAGGAAUGCACCCUUCAAGCAGUGCAGCUAUAUUUCAACUAAGAAUGGCAGGAGGUGCCCAAAUGCAGCUCCCAAGCCGGAGAAGAAAGAUGGUGUGUCAUUCUGUGCUGAACAUGCUCGCAGAAACGUGUUGGCCUUACAGGCUCAGAUGAAGAAGUCUAAUCCUAGCCCUGUAAGGGAGUCUCUUCUCUGUCAGCUGAGUUCCUAUGCCAAGACGGAGCAGGGCUCUCAAUCUGCAGAAAAUAACCGUAGUGAGGGCAGCAGGAUAUUGGAUGAAGACAGCUGGAGUGAGGGAGACCAGGAGCCUCUUACUGUGGAUCAGACAUGGAGAGGUGAUCCUGAUAGUGAAGCAGAUAGCAUUGAUAGUGACCAAGAGGAUCCUUUAAAACAUGCUGGUGUGUAUACGGCUGAGGAGGUGGCAUUGAUCAUGCGAGAAAAACUGAUCCGGCUACAAUCUCUGUAUAUUGAUCAGUUCAAACGGCUUCAGCACCUUCUGAAAGAGAAGAAGCGCCGGUAUUUGCACAGCCGGAAGGUGGAACAUGAAGCCAUAGGUAGCAGUCUCCUGACAGGCCCAGAGGGUCUUAUGUCUAAAGAACGUGAAAACUUGAAGCGAUUGAAAUAUUUGAGGCGUUACCGACAACGUUAUGGUGUGGAGGCUCUCUUACAUCGGCAGCUGAAAGAACGCAGAAUGCUGGCUACCGAGGGUGCUGGCCAGCAGGCACAUACUACCCGUUCUAGCCAGAGGUGUUUGGCCUUUGUAGAUGAUGUUCGAUGUUCCAACCAGUCUCUCCCAAUGACAAGACAUUGCCUUAUUCAUAUUUGCCAGGACACCAAUCAACUCCUAUUUAAAUUGUGCCAAGGAUCAGAAGAAGCACCCUGCAGCAAACCAGUGCCUGUAAACCUUUCUGAAAAUCCCUGCUGCCCACUCCAUCUACAGCUACCACCUCAGAUGUAUAUUCCUGAACCAGUUCUGUGUGUUCCCGAGGAACUGGAAACCAUUUCCACGGAUCUCUACUUGAGUGCAGCUGAACUCCGCCCCACGGAAAGCUUGCCACUGGAGUUCAGUGAUGAUUUGGAUGUUGUUGGAGAUGGUAUGCAGUGUCCCCCUUCUCCUCUGCUUGCCGAUGCUUCUGCUGCCCUUGAGAACCAACUGAGCAAAAAUGUGGCUGAAGCUCCCCUAAUUGUGUGCUCAGAUGAAGAAUCCGUUCGACAAGGACUUCCAACACAGGCAGGAAAGGGAAGUUUUCCCAGACAAAUUACACCUCUUGCAUCAGAACCUCCACAAGAGCUGUCAGUGCAGAAUACACAGCAUCUUGUGACAAGUGGACCCAGGUUGGAGAACAGUAAGAAAGACGAACCUGCAACCAAUGGGAAUUCAGAAUCCGCCGCUAUCAACUGAGAUU